AUGUCGCUGAACAUGCCUCAUGGCAACUAUGUCUCGACUGCGCGCCGGGCUAUCGUAGCAAUAACGACCCGUACUCCUCGCCAGUUCCGACAACAGUACAAGUGGGUUGCUAUUGGCUUCGCGCAGACUCACGCUUAUUCGAUCUUCAGACACAUUAGGUCCCACAAGCAGACCAGAUCACCGCAGAAUUUUCGCUCACCCGUGUUCACGCUCCCUACAGAGAUUCUCUUAGAGAUCUGGGGGUACAGUUGCUGCGAAAGUGUUCCCGUCCUCUCCGCAGCAAUCACGAUAUCGCACGUAUGCUCCUCUUGGCGCAUCCUCAUUCUUCAAUGCUCCGAGUUCUGGACGUCCAUAGACCUCCCCGUACAUCCCGACUGGGUGGCGAAGCUCCUGGCCCGCUCCAAAAGCGCCUCUUUACAUAUAGCAAUAGCACACAUACCAGUCAACGCUCUUCAAUCUCAGGUCCUCAGGCUGCUACUUGAAGUUCUGAAGGAAAUCCCUCGGAUCGAAACCCUCCGUAUUCACGCACCUGUGACGAUUCUCGAUCGCGUAGUCUCGUCUAUGAAGGACGGUGCACCGCAUCUCCGUGCUUUCGUUAUGAAUGCUGUCGAUGGCCCCGGAGAGGUGGUCAGAUCUCUUCCUGCAACCCUUUUCCACGAGCGGACGGCGUCCUUGACAGAAUUAGGGAUCCUUCACUGGCCUGUCGCAUCGGGUUUUUCAUUACCUCGAGCCUUGAAGCGGCUGCAGAUCCGUACCUCUUUUGAAUGUGCUCCCUAUCUGCUGGACCUACUGGAAUGCAUCGCUGAACUUCCCUUCGUGGAGUUCAUACAGAUUCACAAACGAGGCGUGGGAGAAUCGAACCUCUGCCGAAUUGACGGGCCUGAGGCAUCCGUGUUCUUACCGCCGUCCUCUGUCACCCUUUCGCACUUGCAUACGCUAGAUGUUCUCGCGGAGCCAUUAUAUUGCGCGAACGUACUUUCCCAUUUUCAGCUUCCUGCGCUGCGUUCAAUCCACGCGGUUUGUUUCGACAGAGUAGGCGGGCUCCGCGAGAUGCUGAUGGAGCUUGGUCCGCUACUAGCGAAUUUCGGGGAGUUUGACACCAUCUGGCUCUCCGGCAGCGAGGGUGAUACGGUGACCGUGCGGUUUCAAGGACCGGGCGGCGGCCAGGAUAUGAAGGCCCUCACAGUCACCUACUGGCAGCCGCCAUUACCGCAUGAUGUCUGGGCGAUCAUCCGUUUGUGGGACGUUGUGUAUGCACAAGUCGAGAACGUUCACACAAUGCACGUCUGUGGGCCGUUGCCUCACGCCCUUCUGCACCCUAUGUGCGCCUUCGCCUACGGUAGUCUUCCCCUUUUGCGUGUCCUCAAGCUCGAGGGCGUGCCUCUGCAUGCGCGUGGUCCAUGGAAGGCCCACCACAGCUUACCGUCAGACUUUCUCGAAUCGCUGCGCAUCUUUUUGAGCAUACGAUGCGCGAUGUUUGGGCGCGUUCAGGAGCUACAUCUGAUCGAUUCUGGUGGCCCUGGGCUGCACGACCAGUUCUGUGACUUUGCGGACACUGUUCUAGUCGAUGGAGUUGAGGGUUCGCCUUACGUAGACAUCUGCAGAGGCUUGGCUAGGCUUGGGUUAGAUGAUGUAGAUUAA